ACAGUCGACCUCUUCAGGUUUGUUUACUGACCUGAUUAAGAGUGUUUCAGUGGGGGUCGGACGCCGUGGUGGGCGUGGACUAGAAAUGUCCCUCCUGUCCUAAAAGUCCUUCUUUGUCGUUGUUUUUCUGACACCCUGAACACAUCAUGUUGCUGAGGAGCUGCUGCACCGUCUGGAUUCUGCUUUCAGGCAUCGCUGCUGCUGCAGUGUUCGUAGAGAAGCAUGAAGCCAACAGACUCCUGCAGAGAUGGCGGCGAGCGAACAGCGGCUUCCUGGAGGAGAUGCAACAAGGAAACCUGGAGAGGGAAUGCAUUGAGGAGACGUGCGACUACGAGGAGGCUCGAGAAGUUUUUGAAGACGACGGCAAGACGAGGCAGUUCUGGCUGACAUAUGAUCGUCGUGAGCCCUGCCUGGUCAACCCAUGUCAGAACAACGGCACAUGUGUUUACUUAGAGACUUCCUACCAGUGUUUCUGUCCUGACGGGUUUUGGGGACAAUACUGUCAGACAGCGGUGGAGGACUUACUGAAGUGUCUUUACCAGAACGGACAAUGUGAGCAUUUCUGUGACGGCUCGGGAGAGAGUCUCAAAUGUUCCUGCGCUGACGGAUAUAAUCUGGGAGUCGACGGACGAAAGUGUAUCGCUCAAGUGGAGUAUCCGUGUGGUCAGCUGCCUCCACGGGAAACCGGUAUGAACCAGAGCGCUGUGGGUCAGAUCAGGCUGGUGGGAGCUAACCACUGUCCCAGAGGAGAGUGUCCCUGGCAGGUUCUGGUUCAGUUAAACGGAAGCAGUCACUGCGGAGGUGUUCUGAUCAAUGCGGACUGGGUCGUCACCGCUGCCCACUGUGUCCAUGGCAUCAACCCUCAGAACCUCGCUGUGGUGGCAGGGGAACACCACUUGGACGUUGAAGAGGGCACGGAGCAGAGGAUUCCCGUUUCCCUGGCGGUCGCCCAUGAAGCCUAUGUCCCAGCGACGGGUGACAGCGAUGUUGCCUUGCUGCAGCUGAGUCGCCCCGUCACCUUGAAUCGCCACGCCAUCCCCAUCUGCCUGCCCAUUAAAGACUUUGCCGAGCGGGAGCUCCUGCCGGUCCGCUACCACACCGUGUCCGGCUGGGGCAAGAGGACCGCCGGGGGCAACGCUGUGAAACCCAGCGGCCCGCCCGUUGUCCCAGUCUCCCCCGUCAUUCGCAAGUUUCCCGUCCCCAUCAUCCAGAACUCCCAGUGCUCCCAGAGAGCCCGGUUCAACUUCACCGACAACAUGCUGUGUGCCGGAUACCUGGAGGGUCAGCGGGAGAGCUGCCGCGGGGACGACGGGAGCCCACUGGUCACGCUUUACGGCUCCACCCACUUCCUGACGGGCGUGGUCGGCUGGGGGCGGGGCUGUUCGUACCCGGGGUAUUAUGGGGUGUACACCAAGAUGGCCAACUUUGUGGACUGGGUAGAGACCACUAUGAAAAACCCGCCCACCCUGAAGACAGCCAAUGAGAAGAAAGCUGCAGUGACGGCUUUCGACACGUUGGAACAGAAAGUAGUUUAAUAAAAGAUGAUGGAAAGAU